GGAAUGUAAACUAUUCAACAUGGAGACAGCAGUUGAUAAGCUGGAGGCUAUGUUCCAGAAAGCAGAGGCUGAUAUAGACUAUGUGGAAAAGAGACUGAAAUUUGACUUCAUGACCAGUGCUCGAGAGAAAGGCACUGUGGAGGGAAACCCCAUUCAGCUGCUGGAGAACCUGCAAGCUGUGAAGGAGCGCCACGCGGCUCUGUGUGCUCAGGUGGAGGAGAUCGCCGCUGAGCAGAAGCGCUCGAUGGAGUCAAUCCGGGCACACUUGGACACCACAGUCAAGCUUGUGGAAGAACUGCAGAACAAGGCUGAUAUACAGGCUCCCCCACUCACAGAAGCAGAACUGGAGGCAAGAGAUGCCAUUUGCUCAUCAGUGGCUGCUGUUUUUGAGACUCUGCCAGCACCUGUCAUACAAAAGGAAUUACACUCACAUCGAGUGUGUGAGAAGGUGACUGAGGUGGAGUUUGAGGCUGUUCCACGAAGUAUCCGUGGCAACGUUAAGCUUGGUGAUCUCAACACUCUCUACAAGGAGCUAACUGAGCACUUUUCUUUAGAAAAGAACAGGGGGCCAGUAAGCCUGCAGAAGAUGCUGAAACUGAACAUGAAAUUCAGCGACUGUGCAGUUAAAACGCUACAACAUCUCUCACUCAUCGAAGUAGACAAGAAGGGACUCAUUUCUUUGUCUUCAAGGGACUAGAAGAGAGAACCUGAACUGGCCCAGAGAGACCUCUGAGACUCUCAGCACUGUAACUGUGCAGCAGCUCUCUCGCUUCCAACUUUCCAGCAUUUGUUUCCCUAAAAUCAUUGGACCGUAAUGUGGGCGGAACUCACAGGCUUCAACAGUAAUGAAGGCGGAUCUCAUGGUCAGUGAUAUGGGUGGGUCACAGAGUUACAGCUCACCUGUAAAUACAGGGUUGAAUAGCUAGACAACAUUCCACAUAAGACCCAUAAAAUUAGCUAACAAGACAAUUCCACUCAAAUGCAAUGUGUGCACUAACAGACCUUUGAACCCCAGAUGCUCAAAGCGGUCUACUUGGCAUAAGUGUCUGCAAUAAUUUUCUUUUUAAAACACAAAUAUCAAUGACCUUCUACAGAUUUGUCCAGAUACCUAAAAGUGAAAGGAGCAUAAUGUUUUUCACUAUUUUUGUACAAAAGUAGAGUUAGACUCGUUUUCUUUCAGGAGAUGGUGAUCAAAAUGUAUACAGAAAUUUCUAGCAUGGAUGAGUUCUGUAUGUGGAGUACUUGGCAGGAUGGAUGCGGUCAUCUACUGGUUUUUGUUUGUUUAUUUGUUUAAAGCUUUGUCAAAUCACAGAAAACGAUGUACAACCACAGUGGUGUGUUUUUGUUUUUUUUUUAUAUAAAAUGGAUGUAAAGGCUAAUAACUACUGAACAUGGUCCAAUAUAAAGUUUUCAUAUAUGCAGUCAGAAGGAAAUUCAUUUUAAAUAAUUUAUCAAACCUCUAACAGAAGGAUAAAAAAAACUAAGUAUGCCAAUAGUGGGAAUACCAUUAAAUAAUUAAUUUACAUUGUAAG